CUAGAGCAGUGAUGUUUUUGGGCUGUUACUGGGCAACACGGACUUUCAACUCCAUCCAAAGAUUUUCCCACACUGUUAGUGAGCUAAGUUGUAGCAUUAGCAAUGUCUUUCAAAAGGAGACAACUCACAAAUGUGGAAAUUCUGGACAUUUUUUUUUUAAAUUCUGACAAUGAGUCUGAGUAUGAAAGUCAGGAAUCAGAUUCUGACAGUGACAGUGAGGAGUUGCCCCCCAACCUUGUAGCCAUUGAGAACCCUGAAUCCGAGGUUCCCUUGUCCACUGACGAAGUACCAGGUCCCUUUGACGAUGCUGGUGCUGAUGGAGGCAGACCGACAGUGGAUGAAGUACAGGAGUUAUGUGGUAGCUGGAAGGCCACCAGUCAUUUCACCCCUCCUGGCCCUGCUGUUUGCUUUGACGAGUCCCAGUCUGGAGUGCAACGCCCCUUGCCAUUUUCAACUGAGGCAGAGUGCUUCAAGUUGUUUCUGACAGAGGAGCUGGUGGGAAACAUAGUAGAGGAGACCAAUCACUAUGCCUUAGAGCUACAGGAGAAGAGAGAGCCAGGAGUAAUUAUUACCUCAAAAUGGGGGCCGUGGAUAAGGCGGACAUGAUAAACAGCUUUGUGGAAUGCACUCGGAAAACGACCAAGUGGGAUAAGAAGAUAUCUUUCCAUCUGAUCGCCACUGCUGUCCUCAGCAGCAGCAUAGUUCACCGCCAACUAACAGGUAAAGUAAUUACCUACCAAAAAUACAGAGAGAACCUCAUGAGAGAGCUGCUGGAGGAGCACCACACCCCUCGGCGCCCAUCCACUGGGGGUCGUCCUGCUGUAGACAAUCCCCUACGCCUCACUGAACAGCAUUUUCUGCAACAAUAAGUGACUGACUGACCUAACAGGUGCAGAUACUAUGCCUUUAGUGGUGGGGGUGGAAAUAGAGUUGUUGUUCAGUCACUGCAUGGAUAUUAAAUAUGGGUUAUGCAUAUUCAGUUUUUUGUCCUCUA